UUUGUGGCAAUGUAUUGGUAAUCUAGUUCAGUUUUGUUGGUGUUGACAAGCAGGCUGUGAUUCUUUUACUUUGCUCGAGUCCUUGGCAGACAGGAUUGAUUGGCCAGUAGUGCAUUUGUCUGUACUCACCCAUUUUGGCACAGAUCUGUAUUUGGAUAGACAGAAACUUAAGGCUUUUUUUCUCCCACGGCUCCUCAGGAAAUUGCACAGCUGCUCACGAUAAACAUGUACUGCCGGUGUUUGCAAAGAAAAUGCCCCAAAGAGGGAAAGACAACCUUUUCACUUUGACCUUUGGCUCUGUCUGACUCUACAGAACUGGAUACUUGACUUUGGAAGACCCAUCGUCAUGAUUGCCCUUCCUUUGGAGUUGUUUCCUCUGAACAAGCCAAGUGUUGGAGAUUAUUUCCACAUGAUCUACAAUGUCGUCGCACCUUUCCUGCUGCUCAAGCUGAUCGAGCGCGCUCCCAGGCCUGUUUCCCACACAGCCGUCCACCUCUGCAUCAUCACGUUUGUCAUGGGGGCCAGCAUCCACCUGGUGGGAGACUCCAUCAACCACCGGCUCAUCCUGAGCGGCUACCAGCUGCACCUGUCAGUCAGAGAAAACCCAAUCAUCAAAGACCUCAAACCGGCUUCACUGAUUGAUUCAUUUGAGCUGCUGUAUUAUUACGAUGAGCACCUGGGACACUUAAUGUGGUAUAUUCCAUUCUUCAUCAUUGUGCUGAUCUACUUCAGUGCCUGCUUCUCAGACUCUGACGGUCAGGAGAAAAUGCCUCUCUCUGGUUGGCUGUUACUGGGACCCAACUCUCUCUACUAUUGGUACUUGGCCACCGAGGGUCAGAUAACUGGACUGUUCCUCCUUACUUUCCUCGCCAUGUUCACAGUGAUGAUUUUCCAGCAGCGUAAAGGCCUCGCCCCGGACAGCAACGGCUCUUUUCUUUUUUAUAGCUUCAGCGUUACUCUGCUGCUCGUGUCCCUGUGGGUGACCUAUCUGUGGGACGACCCAGUGCUACGCAACAAAUACCCCGGACUGUUUUAUGUUCCAGAGCCCUGGUCCUACUACACCUUACACUUAAGGGAGAGCCACUGAACCGAACGUUAAAAUUUUAAAUAUAGGAGCAACCAGUGUUGUUAUGAUGUGAUCGAUUAUUUCUGAAGCGCAGGUGAAAUCUACUCCCAGACAGUAUUCAGGUAAUCCAGGCUUUCUCGUGGUAUUUUUAGGUUAUGAGAAACAAACACUUGUGUAGAAAAAAUGUUGGUUUUUUUUUUUAAAUAUAUUUUUGCAUUUUUUAAAUGUUUUUUGAGGACUGUUGUGCUUUAGUCUAUUAAAGUUAAAGAGUAUUUACCCGCUAAAGAAAAAGGAGGAUGUUCCCGUUCCUCGUUAAUCUGUGUUGCUCAUUAUCACAGUUGGUCUCCUCCGGACCUGAAGCCUACUGUAUGUUUAAGGUGUUACAGACAUUUUUUGAUGAUGUGUACCACCAUGAGAACAAUACAUCAACUCGUACUUUUAAGUAAAUGUAUUCAGCUGCUAAAUCUUGCACAUGUUGAAAAACAGCCGCAUUAACUAGAGUGCGAGACAAACAAAGUCUCACCUCAAAGGAUCCUAUUAGUCUCUUGCUAAACCUGUUGAUAUAAAUCUUUCAGCAUCUCAGAGGAAACAUGGCUGCUUUUCUGUGGGUUACAAAUGGGAAACAAAAGUGAUUCCUGACACAUUUAAGGAAAAUAAUAUGCAUACGUUUGUACCGUUCUUGCUGCAAAACAUAAAAAUAGGAGUCAAAGAGAA